UCAUCACUGGCGAGAGGCGCACAAAGUCGGCAUGCAAAGGAGCAGCGUUGUGCAGGGCGGCGCGUCCCGCAAUUAUGAAGGAGCCGAGUCGCCGGGAGGGGACUCGCACUCCACGCGGGGUGCUGCGAGCCGCCCGAGGCAGGUCUCGUCCCGAAACGUUAUUCCGCGCGAAAACGCCACGGCGGUGGCAGAGCGCAGCCACUGCGCGCACCGGCGCGGGGACCUCUUGCAGGUGCCACGCACGCUCUUCACGCACGUGGGCAUCUACCUGGGCGAGCAGAGGGUCGCGCACUUCUUGCCCGACGUGCUGCCGCUGCUGACGAGCGAUGCGCGGCGCGUCCGGAGCGUGGUGACCAACACGCGCCUCGUGCUGGGCUCCAUGGCCCGUAACGGCACGGUCCGCAUCGACGCUUACGACGACUUCGUGUACGGAGCACCGACCGUGCUGGUGAACGCCACCGACUGCGCGGAGACGCGCGCGGGGAAUGGCGGGAGGAGCGGGGGCGGUGGCGAUCGAGUCGUGCUCGAGAAGGAGCGCAGCCGCCCUUUGCCCGCAGAGGAGGUCGCAAGUCGAGCCGAGAACUUUCGCGGCGAUUGCGUCUAUUCGCUGUUGUGGAACAACUGCGAGCACUUUGCCACGCAUUGCCGCUACGGACCGGCGUGGAGCGACCAGACCGAGCAGUUUUGCGCAUUCAUCAAGGCGUGCAUCCGAGACAAGCGCAGCGUGCUCUGCGGAGUCUCUCUCGGCGUGCUGCUCUGUCUCUACUGCGGAGCGUCUCUGCCACUCGCUCUGACCACGUUCCUCUUCAACAUUCUCCUGUGGAUGGCUGGGUAAACCCCACUCAGCCGCCUCCGUCUCUUCCUCACGAGACCAACGAUGAAGACGAAGGCGUCAUCGUGGCCAAAGCUGUUGAUGCUGCACCAGGACACCUCCUCGCCAACGCUGUCUCCCCUCCGCAGCUCCUGAAAGUUGACAAGCGACCUCCACAAUCUGUCCUCACAAUAUCUCACCAUCUGGCCUUAGGCUCACAUAAAGACCUCUACACUCAUAAUAUCAAGACCUCUAGGCUCACGUAGAGACAUCUAGACUCAUAUAGAGACCUCUAGACUCACGUAAAGACCUCUACACUCAUAUAAGACUCAUAUAGAGACCUCUAGACUCACAUAUAUACCUCUAGGCUCACAUAAAGACCUCUAGACACGCAUAGAGACAUCUAGACUCAUACAGGCACACAUCGACUCACAUAUAUCCACAGACUCACACAGAGACCCACUGACUCACAGGAGCAGAGCCUCAUUUUCACCAGUGUCGACGUGGAAGUGGCGGAUUGUUACGUUGCUGUUCACGUGUGCGUAGCUAUUGGGACUGCGAUUUCAGGUGAAUGUGAUGCGACGCAGUCUCCACACGGAGGCAGUGGGAACAUCUCCUGUACACACAAAAUAAAUCCCGGGUAAGAAAAAAACACCCAGGGAUG